UCGGGUGCACGUGCACAGACACACACACCUCCGAGGAGAACGCGGCGUCAGGAGACGGGGACGGGAGGAACCAGCGGUCAGCGCGCGAGGCGACUCAGGCGAGGCCGAGCCGGAGCGGACGCAUGGCUGCUCGACGACAGCCGCCGCCGGGAGCGGCCGCGCCGCUCCUGCUCCUCCUCCUGGCGGUGACCUUCGGUGCGUGCUACGCGGCGGCGGCCGGCGGCGCCGCCCCGGCCCCGGCGCCCGGCGGCAUGACGGAGCUGCAGAAGCACGUGGCGUUCUUCGACCGCGACCACGAUGGCAUCGUCACCUUCGACGAGACGUACCAAGGUCUGCAGGACGUCGGGCUCGGAGCCGUCACGGCCAAGGCCAGCGCCGCGCUGAUCAACGCCGCCAUUGGCCCCAAGACCAGACCUGAAAACGCAAAUUCGUCGUCGUCGCGCAUGGACAUCUACAUCCAGAACAUCCAGAAAGGGAAACACGGGAGCGACACGGGCGCCUACGACGCUCAAGGAAGGUUCGUUCCUGCCAAGUUGGACGAGAUGUUCGCCGAGCACGCCAAGACCACGCCCAACGCCAUGACGAAGGACGAGCUGGACGCGAUGGUCAAGGCCAACCGAGAGAGCAAUGACAUCAACGGAUGGGUUGCCGCCAAGGCGGAGUGGGGGAUGCUGUACGAGCUCGCCAAGGACAAGGACGGGCUCCUGCAGAAGGACACCGUGAGGGCCGUCUACGACGGGUCCCUCUUCUACCAGCUGGCGGGGAAGAAGGGCUGAUUCAGUUUCCAUUUCGUUUCGUUUCAGCGAGAGUUAAGCAUGGUUAAUUUGGUUCCUGUGUAAGAAAAACCAGUCAGU